AUGAGCGCCAACAGGCAGUCAGCUUCGGCUGAUACUAUCGAGCCUGUUCAACCCACUCGGAUAUCGCACUGGCGUCUUCUCUUCGACCAAGGUGCGCUCACCCAAGAGAUCAUUGAUUAUCGCUUCGCCGGUUCAGGCACAGAAGACGACCCAUACCUAGUCACAUGGAUUCUCGAUGAUCCCCGAAACCCUCUGGAAUUUUCCAUGUCGAAGAAAUGGACCUACACGAUGGUUAUGGCGUGGGCGACAUUGGCCGUGUCGCUGGUCUCGUCGGCGUACACUGGCGGCAUGGAACAGAUCAUGCAACAGUUUCACGUCGGCACUGAAGUAGCAACUCUGGGUGUGUCCACAUUCGUGCUGGGGUUCGCGAUCGGUCCCCUGGUUUUUGCGCCCAUGAGUGAGCUUUGGGGAAGACAGUAUCUCUUUCUGGUCAGCUACUGCGGACUGACCAUUUUCAACGCCGCGUCCGCGGGCUCGCCAAACAUUCAAGCGCUCAUUAUCUUCCGAUUCCUCGCCGGAGCUUUUGGGUCGUCCCCUUUGACUAACGCAGGCGGCGUCAUUGCGGACCUUUUCCCGGCGAGCCAUCGUGGUCUGGCAAUGAGUUUGUUUGCGUCGGCUCCGUUCCUCGGUCCCGUCCUGGGGCCCGUCAUUGGUGGCUUCUUGGGCAUGACGGAGGGAUGGAAGUGGGUGAUGGGGUUCUUGGCCAUCUUUUCUGGUGCGCUCUGGAUCAUCGCGGGUCUCAUCGUCCCAGAAACAUAUGCGCCCGUUCUUCUUCGUCAGCGAGCCGUCAAGCUUUCCAAGCUCACUGGCAAAGUCUACAAGAGCAGGAUUGAAGCAGAACAAGGAAAGAAAACACUUGGCGACUCCUUGAAGAUAUCGCUGUCCCGCCCAUGGAUUUUGCUCUUCCGAGAACCCAUUGUUCUUUUGCUGUCAAUCUUCAUGGCAAUCGUGUAUGGAACCCUGUUUAUGAUGUUUGGCGCGUUCCCCAUCGUGUAUGCCGGCCAGCGAGGCUGGAACCAAGGCGUGUCAGGGUUGGCUUUCCUGGGGAUCAUGAUCGGCAUGAUAUGUGCUGUGGCCUACAGCAUCUUCGAUAACAAGCGGUAUAUCAGAGCCCAGGAGGCACAUAAUGGGUUCGCGCCUCCUGAGGCGCGCUUGCCUCCCUGCCUGGUCGCUUCGGUGGCCAUUCCCAUCGGCCUCUUCUGGUUUGCCUGGACAAACUACCCUUCGAUCCACUAUCUCGCCAGUAUUUCCGCUGGUGUGCCGUUUGGGUUUGGCAUGGUUCUUGUCUUCCUCAGCCUCAUGAACUACAUGAUCGAUGCGUACACCAUCUUCGCCGCCUCUGUGCUCGCUGCUAGCGCCGUCCUGCGCUCGAUUUUCGGCGCCGCCUUUCCCUUGUUCGUGCAGUAUAUGUAUAGCUCGUUAGGUAUUCAUUGGGCCUCGUCCAUACCUGCCUUCUUGGCACUUGCUUGUGUCCCCUUUCCGUUCCUCUUCUACAAGUACGGGUCUGUCAUUCGAAGAAGAUGCAAGUUCGCCGCAGAGUCGGACGAAUUCAUGCGGAAGUUGAUGGAACGAACCGUCAAAGAACCACAGGAAGAGGAGAAGGAAAGAAGCCAGGCAGCCUCGGAGCCCACCUCUGCGGAUUCAGAGGUAGACAGGAUUUCCUUGGACCCUGCUAAGCUCAGUCGCCGACAAUCAAUCAUCUCAAACAAGUCUGCCAAAUCGCAUCGGUCUCAGAUAGUGACCUCGCAGGACGUCUACGAUGCGAAUCCGUAUGAUAUUGACCGUGUCAACACGCGCGACUCGUUCAAGAGUUGA